ACACGGUUUUAUAAUUUUUUAACAAAUAUAAAGUUACUCAAAGAUUCAAUUUAUGUGAACAAUGAACGCAAUAAUAAAUAAAAUUUAUCUAGUGAUAAAAAUUAUUUCAUUUAUUUCAAUAAUUAUAAAUAUCAAUGAAGCGGAAGACUUUACUGUAGGUGAUACAAUAAAUACAUUCGAGUCUAUAAAUUCGAUAAAUAAAGUAGCGGACAUAUUUAACGGCUUUGACGGAUUAAAGUUUAUUAAAGAAAAAAAAUUUAAUGAUAUUAUUGAUGAUUACUUUUUGGUAGCCGAUGAAUUCUGCUUGACAUUUGAAUCUCUAAAACGUUUUUACUAUCCACAAGUUUUUAUCGAUGGAAAAAUAUCAAGCAAUACACCGUCAAAAUUAUUUAGUUACAUGGAUAAUUCAUUGAAUAAAUUUUUGGGUAUUAAUAGCAAUUACGUGAAUAAUAAUUUUUUCAAAUAUGGGAUUGUUAAAAUAUGCAAAAUCGUAGAAAGUAAAGAUCUAAAUAUUGAGAUUAUCGACGAUAAAUAUUUUCCAAAUAUCAAUUCGGGUGCAAAUUAUAAUAUUUUAUUAAAUAAAACGGUUGUUUUUCGGCUGAAACGGGACUCUGAAACUCAUUAUAUUUCAUCUAUCUCUACCGGAACUUGUUUGCUUCAGAUUUAUAUAAAUGAUGCUCAUAAAUGUAUUACUAAUGAUGGUGAUAAAUCAUUAAAGUAUAAAGAUAGUUUUUUUAAAAAUCCAAUAUUCAAAGGUCACAUAACAACUCUCAGUAAUAAUCAUAGUCUUGAAAAUUUUAUCGACCAUUAUUAUCUUAUGAGUAAUAUUGACUAUUCUCUGUUUACAUUUCCACACCUAGCCCUUAAUUAUAAAGCAGAUAUAAUUGACAAAUUUGAAAACGAUGCUAUAGUGAGAGUUGAUUUAAAUUCCUUGCCUGAAUUACCGCGACAUACGAAACUGCUGCCGUCGAAAAAUAAAACAAAAUCAGUAGACAUUGUUCCAGGCGACAUAUUGAAUUUGGAUGAUUUACUUGAUGAUAAAUCGACAAAUAUAUCUAUUGACAAUGUAUUAAUUGACUCGAAUGAUUAUUUGGCAGUGCCCUUUGUGUCAUACAAUUACACAAAAUGUUAUGAUUUAGCUAAAAAAAAUGAUGUAAAAUUAGAAUUUAGCCAUUAUUUAUCACCGGAUAAAUUUUUUAAGACUGAUUACAAGUUGAAUUAUUUUGAAGAAGUAAUGAGACGGAAAUAUUAUGGAGUCGAUCGUAAAUAUUUGGGUGAUAGAUAUACUUGUUUGAAAAUAACCGUUUGUUCACAAUUUUUUAAGAAAAGAUUGCAUUUUUCUCCAUUAACAAUAAUAAAAUUAGAUGAACAAGCUAAGGACAAUACCAAAUAUAAUAUUUUUGAAAAUAAUAAUAUUUUACUGUGGUACACUAAAAACAAUGAAACACAUUAUGUUACUCGUACGGAAAAAGGCGACUGUUUAUUCCAGGCGUUAAUAUUUCCGCUUGAACUUGAGUACUAUGCAGACAAAACACAACUCAGCGAUAAUCCUAUACACAAGGGUAAAAUAUUAUCAGCAACCAAUAACACUGAAUUCGAAUUUCGGACUGAAUUAUUUUCUAAUAAUGAUCUCAGAGUUUUUAUAGAAGCCAACAGUAAUAUUUUGUUUACCUUAAAAACUUUUGAUGGAUUAAAUAAAAACGCUCUUACGAAGAAUGCUUUAAUAAAUGUCUACUUAGAUGAAAUGUAUUGAAAAAUAAUGUUCAAAAUUUGUUCAUCAGUUCCAAAACUUUUCAGUCUUUAAGCUCUGGAGUUAGGACUGCCCUACAAAGAAAUAUAUAUAUAUAUAUAUUCAAAAAUUUAUGGAACAUAUAUGUUUUGAUAUAUAUAUGUCAACAUAGAUCUUGUCGUAUAUAUUUCAAAAUAUAUAUGAACAUGUACACAAAGUUCAUCAAAAAUAUUUGUCUUUUGUCCGCAUAUAUGUGCCAAAUAAUUUUUGCAUAUACAUUUUUCUAUG